AUGGGAAAUACCGGCUGCUGCGCAAGCAGCGAGGGUAGGCCCAUUUAUGAGGCUUUGUCAGCCGGGCCCCAAGGUGGCCGAAAGAAAGCUUUGCUGGUUGGCAUCAACUAUCGCAACACGGGCUCGGAGCUGCGUGGGUGUAUCAACGACGUGAACAACAUGCAGGAGAUGCUCGUGAAGCAGUAUGGUUUCAAGCUCGAGGACAUACGGAUGAUCAACGAGGACCAGGAGAAGAGCAGCUGGCCCUUCAAAAAGGUUAUCUUUGAGGGGAUGGACUGGCUUUACCAGGAUGCGAGAAGCGGAGAUACGCUGGUUUUCCAUUACAGUGGCCAUGGCUCACAAUAUUCAGCAGAUGAGAAAGCUAUGCCGGCAGAUUGCAUCUGUCCGCUUGACCUCAUCAUUGACAGGAAGUGGCCAGAGUCCGUCAUUUUGGACACCGAAAUCCAUGAGAAGCUCUACGAUCCUUUGCCUCCCGGUUGCAAGGCCAUUUGUGUCUUCGACUGCUGCCACUCUGCCACGGUGGCAAACCUGUGUGAAACGAUGGUGGUGAAGGAGGGCCCCAUCACCGCAAGCAAGAAGGAGAAGUUGAUCAAAGAGCUCACUCGACAGAAGGACAACGUCGCGGCGGAGGUGAGAUUUUACCGCGAGGUCAACUCCGGACAGCUUGACAUCAAGAAAAAGAGUCGAGACGAGAUGAUUCAGCUCCUUGAGAAGCACGCCUUUCCCAAGAGAGGCCCUUACGGACCCUACUCUGAUGAGUCCACGUUGAAUUACAACUACCUCCUGAGCAUCUCCAUCUCGGCUUUCUUUGAGGAUUCGGUGAAAGCUGCAGAGGCUCGUCUUGCAGCGAAAGAGAAGGCGAUCGCACACGUACGGUCCAUGAAGCCGGGGGAAGGCGCCGAGAUCUACAUCGGAAACCUGGAGCAGGACCAGCAGACUGCAUAUGGGAAGCGCGAGGCUGCAAAGGACAUCCGCUUGCGGUUCAUCCCUCAGCCCGGCAGGGAUUCCGAGGGUGCUCAGCCCAAGUUGCUGACCGCAGGUCGGGGUUAUCGCAACGUCCUUGGGCAAGCAAAGUACAAAGACCAUCAGCUUUGGGUCUUCUCGGGCUGCCAGGAUGAAGAGACCAGUGAAGAUGCACAUGUUGACGGCACCUUCCAGGGGGCCUUCACAUGGGCUCUGAUCAAAGCAUUGAAGUCGGAUGGGUUUCGGGAGAGCUACAGCAAACUCUUGAUCCAAAUCAAGACGUACCUUGAGGGCGGAGGAUUCAAGCAAGUGCCUGCCUUGUCCACCGCACACAAGAUGUAUUUGGACUGCGGCUUCUUAGGGGAGGAGGUUUGA